UUCUCCAUGCCCUACAAAAAUCGUUAGGGACAAUAUUUCUGAAUUGUUCACUAGGGUUUAUUGUUGUUUAUUUACUAUUUUGCAAAAUGGCAGACGGAUCUGAUAGCGACGAGCCUUGGCCUGAUGAUGAACAGAAGUUUUACGAUGAUGGCAAAGAAUAUUGGUCGUCGAUUAAUCCAUCCGUGGACGGCAUGCUUGGUGGAUUUGAGAAAAUAUCUCCAACUGAUAUCAAUGGAUCUAAAGCAUUCUUACGUCCAUUUUUGAAGGUUGGUAAGGGAAACACUAACAACCAUAGAGCCCUUGACUGCGGAUCAGGUAUCGGGCGAAUCACAAAACGGCUUCUUCUCCCUAUGUUUGACCAAGUGGAUAUGGUGGAGCAGUGUCAGAAAUUUCUAGACUCCGCAAGAACAUUCAUAGGGCAGGAAUCAUCUAGAGUUGAGAACCUGUUUUGUUGUGGUUUGCAAGACUUCACUCCAGAAGAGGGACGUUAUGAUGUCAUAUGGAGUCAGUGGGUAUUGGGACAUCUCACAGACGAACAUCUUGUGUCAUUCUUUAAAAGGUGUAAACAAGGUUUAGCACCAAAUGGGGUGUUUAUAGUAAAAGAAAAUGUGAGUGGUAGCGAUGAUACUCAGUUUGAUGAUGUGGACAGUAGUUUUACAAGGUCAAAAGAUAGUUAUGUAAGAGCAAUGAUGAAAGCAGGAUUAACUAUAGUAAAGGAAGAAAAGCAGAGAGGUUUUCCCAAAGAUUUGUAUUCUGUGUACAUGUUUGGGCUUCGCUGACAUAAUGCUGUUCUUUAGGUUUUUGAAUAAUUUUGUAAAGUUGUGUGACUUAAUUAAUGUGUUUUAUUCACCAGAAUGGUAUAAUGCCUACUAAUUGUAUGAGUGACAGUGACAUUUAACUUGUUUUGUUCUAUUGAGAUAUGUUUUUUUUUGCAUUGAUAAAACUUAAAACUGAAAAUGUUUUAGAUUAUUUAUCUAGAUAACUCGCGCAGCUAACUUAAACCAUUGUUAUAAAUGCUUUUGUUUGUAGUUUAAAGGGUCAAAUUGAAUAACCUUUAGUCAAUAUAUUUUAAUAUUUUAUUUUUAAAGAAAACAGUAUACAUUUACAUGAACAUUAUGUAUUUCUUUAAAAAAAGGUCAUUUCACUCAAAUUUAAAGCAUCAUCAUGUUUUUAAAGGGAAAUGUCAAGGUUGUUAACAUUUUUAAGUAAUGCAAUGUCAAGAAGUAUUGAUAUCAUCCACGACUUCAGUAAACACUGAGAUAAAUUGUCUCUAACAUGUCUGUAAUAAAUUAUGU